AUCCCAUUGUUAAAUUUUGGGUUUCCUUCAUUUGAUCACCUCAUGGCUUCUCAGAGGUUUCUUCAACACAAGAAAGAAGCGUUUUGGUUCUAUCGUAUAGUCUCCUUAUUCUAUGACACUCUUGGACCCCCUCCACACUAUACUGAGGAAAUGAGGGAAGAAGCCCUAGAGGCCUUGGACCUUCAUGAUCGAAACUUGAUAGUAGUAGACGUUGGAGGUGGAACAGGGUUCACUACUUGUGGUGUUGUUAAACAUGUAGACGCCAAGAAUGUAACCAUUCUUGACCAAUCCCCUCACCAACUUGCCAAGGCAAAGAAGAAGGAACCCUUGAAGCAUUGCACCAUCAUUGAAGGUGAUGCUGAAGAUCUUCCCUUCCCAACAGACUAUGCUGAUAGAUAUGUGUCCUCAGGAAGCAUUGAAAACUGGCCUGAACCACAAAGAGGCAUUAAUGAAGCUUAUAGGGUCUUGAAACCUGGUGGAAAGGUAUGUAUCAUUGGUCCUGUGCUUCCAACCUAUUGGUUGUCUCGUUUCGCUGCAAAUUUGUUUAUGCUUUUUCCAAAGGAGGAAGAGUAUAUAGAAUGGUUCAAAAAAGCUGGAUUCAAAGAUAUAGAACUCAAAAGGAUUGGUCCAAAAUGGUUCCGUGGGGUUCGUCGACAUGGGUUAAUCAUUGGAUGCGCUGUAACAGGAGUGAAGUCCAUGCCAGGAGAUUCACCUCUACAACUUGGUCCAAAGACAGAGGAUCUGAAGAAGCCUACGAAUUCUAUCGUUUUCCUUCUACGUUCUUUUAUUGGUACCUUAGGAGGUAUAUAUUAUAUUCAAAUAACUAUUUACAUGUGGCUCAAAGAUAAGAUUUUUCCCAAAGGUAUGGCUAUUUGAUUAUGUGGGAGAAACAGUAUGUUGUGUCGCGAAUAAAGAGAGAGAGAGAGAGAAAGAGUGUGUUCCUUUUUCCUGUUAAUUCCGUUGUUGUAAUAAGAUUUUCAAGAAGCUAUACUUGGAAGGCCUGGUCUUUUAUGUGUGGGUGUAGGACUGUUGGACCUUUUUCUUUCAAUGGCUUCUUGAAAAUUGUAAUUCAUGUUUUCAACAGUAAAAUUAUGUUUCUUUGUUUAUCGAAA